ACAAGUAAGAACGGAAAGCGGAGACAAGAGUGUCACCUUGUCUAUACGGGAUUUCAAUUCAUAUAUAUAUAAGGAUACACCAAGAUUUCCAUUUUUAGGACAGAAAGAGAGAGAGAUGAGGAGAGGUAGGUGUUAUCUGGAUAUUAGCAUAGGAGGAGAGCUUGAGGGCAGGAUGGUGGUGGAACUGUUCACUGAUAUUGUUCCCAAAACAGCCGAGAAUUUCAGAGCACUCUGUACCGGAGAGAAAGGUGUUGGCCCUAUCACCGGUGUCCUGCUUCACUAUAAGGGAGUUCGUUUCCACCGACUCAUUAAAAGCUUUAUGAUUGAAGGUGGGGACAUUUCUGCUGGAGAUGGUACUGGUGGGGAAUCUAUCUAUGGUCUAAAGUUUGAAGAUGAGAAUUUUGAAAUGAAACAUGAAAGAAAGGGAAUUUUAUCAAUGUCUAAUUCUGGCCCCAACACCAAUGGAUCCCAGUUUCGUAUCACCACGACCCGCACUCCCCAUUUAGAUGGAAAACAUGUUGUAUUUGGAAAGAUAGUUAAAGGCGUGGGAAUUCUCAAAUCAAUUGAGCAUGUUGCUACUGGUGAUAAUGAUUGCCCCAAUCUGGAUGUUAUGAUUGCGGAUUGUGGAGAAAUUAAAGAGGGGGAAGAUGAUGGAGUUGGGAACUUUUUCAAGGAUGGUGAUGUGUAUCCUGAUUGGCCAGCGGACCUUGACAAUGGUCCUAGUGAACUCUCUUGGUGGUUGGAUGCUGUAGAUUCAAUCCGGGCUUGUGGGAAUGAGGCUUUCAAGAAGCAAGACCAUAAAAUGGCUCUCAGAAAGUAUAAGAAAGCCGUGCGCUAUUUGGAUGUCUGCUGGGAGAAAGAAGGAAUUGAUGAUGAUCGAAGUAUUUCUCUGGGAAAGAAGAAGGCACAGAUAUUCACAAACAGUGCUGCUUGUAAACUGAAACUAGGGGAUGCAAAGGGAGCCCUGUUUGACACAGAAUUUGCACUGCGUGAUGGUGAAAACAACGCAAAGGCUUGGUUUCGCCAAGGUCAGGCACAUAUGGCGCUCACGGAGGUAGAUGCUGCAAUAGAGAGUUUCAAGAAGGCAAAAGAGUUGGUGCCGAAUGAUGCUGCAAUAAAUAGGGAGCUCAAGGCUGCACUGAAGAAGGUUUCUGAUAGACUUGAGAGAGAGAAGAAAGCAUACUCUAAAUUUUUCUCGUAUGGUGAAAGCGAUUUUGUCACGAAUGAAUGAGGGCUCAUAAAUUUUGUCAGAUCCUCUCCUUUUAUACUCUCCGACCAACCAGAGACCGAUUUUCAGACAGUGAAUAUCGCAAACGUUACAAAGCUUGUUUCGUAUUUGAUUUGAAUCCAAUCAUGUAAAGGGUGUUUUCUUAGAGCUGAUAAUCCAUUGAGCCACUCAAAUAAGGAUUCAUAGUUUACACAACCUUUUUUCUUUAUAUCAUACGCAAAAGUGUUAUCAUCGA